AUGUCAACACAAGUCACUCUGGAGCGCAAGCGACAGCAGAACAGAAAUUCACAGCGAACAUAUAAGAAAAGUAUUCUGAAGAGGUUGGAAGAACUCGAAAAGCCAAGGAGGUACUCUGCAGAAAUUCUUCCAAAAUUCGAGACACGAUGUUGGCCAACGCAUGAGCCGGCGUGUCUGCCAACUAUCGAUACCAACAUAAUGUCUUCAAGCGAGCUGGACAGCCAUGUCAGCCCACUUAUCGCAAACCGCGCGUUAAACUCAGAUUUCUCAUUAUGGAGGGAAGGACCUGUUUGCGCGAACGUAGAAGAUUUCAACCAAAUGUUGAUAUUGAAUUCUCCAGACUCGGAUAAGAAUGAAAACAGAGAAAUUCAACAUUCACCCUCGUACCUCUACCCAGCUAGUGGAAGCCAGACUCCAACAGUACUCUCACCUAAUAAUCAACACACUUUCAACCGGACCCAAGAUUCGAGCAUACCAAUCACUCCACCCAGCCAACUACAGUCAACACCAUUACAUGAAGCUGUGAAGCACGGAAACGAAACGAUUGUUCGACUGCUCGUUGAACACCACGCGAACAUUCAUGCUUUGAAUGUGUAUGGCCAAACAGCUCUUCAUCUAGCGGUCGCGAAUGAUCAAAGAUCCAUAAUAUGUUACCUGUUAGAUGUAGGAUCAAACUUAAAUACUCCAGAUAGUACGGGACGUAUGCCGUUAGAGACAGCAAUUGUGUCUGGCAAUGAACAAUUGGUUCGGUUGCUUUUAUCAAAAGGCGCAGAUGUCAACCUUUCUUGGGUUGAUCACUCAUCUCCGGAACAAUCAAAUUCGUAG